AUCUGCAUUCAGCAAGGGUGGAAGGCACCACACGGGCGCUUCGAUAUCCUGCCUCUGCUCCUCCAAGCCAAUGGCAACGAUCCAGAGCUCUUUGAAAUCCCCCCGGAGCUCGUGCUGGAAGUGCCCAUCCGGCAUCCCAAGUUUGAAUGGUUUAAGGACCUGGGCCUGAAGUGGUACGGUUUGCCAGCAGUUUCCAACAUGCUCCUCGAGAUUGGAGGCUUGGAGUUUUCCGCCUGCCCUUUCAGUGGCUGGUACAUGGGCACAGAGAUUGGGGUCCGGGACUACUGUGACAACUCUCGCUACAACAUACUGGAGCAAGUGGCCAAGAAAAUGAAUCUGGAUAUGAGGAAAACCUCCUCUCUGUGGAAGGACCAGGCCCUGGUGGAGAUCAACAUUGCUGUGCUGUACAGCUUCCAGAGCGACAAGGUGACCAUUGUGGAUCACCAUUCAGCCACUGAGUCCUUUAUCAAGCACAUGGAGAAUGAGUACCGAUGCCGUGGAGGCUGUCCUGCUGACUGGGUGUGGAUUGUCCCACCAAUGUCUGGCAGCAUCACCCCAGUUUUCCAUCAGGAAAUGCUCAACUACCGUCUCACACCCUCCUUUGAGUAUCAGCCGGACCCCUGGAACACCCACGUCUGGAAAGGGGUCAAUGGGACACCUACCAAGAAGAGGGCCAUUGGCUUUAAGAAGUUAGCAAAAGCUGUGAAGUUCUCCGCCAAGCUGAUGGGACAGGCCAUGGCCAAGAGGGUCAAAGCGACCAUCCUGUACGCCACUGAAACAGGGAAGUCACAGGUCUAUGCAAAAACUCUGUGUGAAAUCUUCAAGCACGCCUUUGAUGCCAAGGUGAUGUCCAUGGACGAGUAUGACAUCGUGCACCUAGAGCAUGAAACCAUGGUCCUGGUGGUCACAAGCACCUUUGGCAACGGAGACCCACCUGAGAAUGGAGAGAAAUUCGGCUGCGCAUUAAUGGAGAUGAAGAAUCCCAACUCCAACCUGGAGGAGAGGAAGAGCUACAAGGUCCGUUUCAACAGCGUCUCCUCUUACUCGGAUGCACGGAAAUCCUCAAGUGAUGGCCCUGACUCCAGGGACAACUUUGAGAGCACGGGGCCCCUGGCUAAUGUCAGGUUCUCUGUGUUUGGGCUGGGGUCACGUGCCUACCCUCACUUCUGCGCCUUUGCUCGGGCGGUGGACACCCUCCUGGAGGAGCUGGGUGGAGAGAGGAUCCUCCGCAUGGGAGAAGGGGAUGAGCUCUGUGGCCAGGAGGAGUCCUUCAGGACAUGGGCCAAGAAGGUCUUCAAGGCAGCGUGCGACGUCUUCUGCGUGGGGGAUGACGUCAACAUCGAGAAAGCAAACAACUCCCUCAUCAGCAACGACCGGAGCUGGAAGAGGAGCAAGUUUCGCCUGACCUACGUGGCCGAGGCCCCAGAGCUCACACAAGGACUGUACAGCAUCCACAAAAAACGUGUCUACGCAGCCCGGCUUAUCACACGCCAGAACCUGCAGAGCCCAAAGUCCAGCCGCUUGACGAUUUUCCUGCGCCUCCACACCAACGGACACCAGGAGCUGCAGUACCUGCCCGGGGACCACUUGGGUGUGUUUCCAGGGAACCACGAAGACUUGGUCAAUGCCCUGAUCGACAGGCUUGAAGAUGCCCCUCCAGCCAACCAGCUGGUGAAAGUGGAGCUCCUGGAGGAGAGGAACACAGCCCUAGGUGUCAUCAGUAACUGGACAGAUGAGAACCGUGUCCCACCAUGCACAAUCUUCCAGGCUUUUAAAUACUAUUUGGACAUCACCACCCCUCCCACACCCCUGCUGCUGCAGCAGUUUGCUUUGUUGGCCACCAGUGACAAGGAGAAGAAACGUUUGCAGGUCCUUAGCAAGGGCUUGCAAGAAUAUGAGGAAUGGAAGUGGUCCAAGAACCCCACCAUCGUGGAGGUGCUGGAGGAGUUCCCCUCUGUGCAGAUGCCCUCCACGCUGCUGCUCACACAGCUCCCCCUCCUCCAACCACGCUACUACUCCAUCAGUUCCUCCCCAGAGAUGUAUCCAGGAGAGGUCCAUCUCACCGUGGCAGUGGUCUCCUAUCGCACAAGAGACGGAGAAGGACCUAUCCACCAUGGAGUCUGCUCCUCUUGGCUCAAUCGGAUACAGACUGAUGAAGUAGUGCCCUGUUUUGUAAGAGGUGCGCCCGGGUUCCACCUGCCCCAGGAUCCCCAGGUGCCCUGCAUCCUCAUCGGCCCCGGCACCGGCAUCGCCCCUUUCCGGAGCUUCUGGCAGCAGCGGCUUUUUGAAAUCCAGCACAAAGGUAUGAAGCCUUGUCCCAUGGUCCUGGUAUUUGGCUGCCGGCAGUCCAGGAUCGACCACAUUUACAAAGAGGAGACGCUCUUUGCCAAAACCCAAGGUGUCUUCAGAGAGCUGUACACAGCCUACUCCCGGGAACCGGACAAACCAAAGAAAUACGUGCAGGACGUGUUACAGGAGCAGCUGGCCCAAACCGUGUUCAAAGCACUGAAGGAGCAGGGAGGCCACAUCUACGUCUGCGGGGAUGUCACCAUGGCCGGGGACGUCCUCAAGACUAUUCAGCGCAUCGUGAGGCAGCAGGGCCAGCUGUCGGUGGAGGAGGCAGGCGCUUUCAUCAGCAAGCUGCGGGAUGACAGCCGGUACCACGAGGAUAUUUUUGGAGUCACCCUGCGUACGUACGAAGUGACUAACCGCCUUAGAUCUGAGUCUAUUGCAUUCAUUGAGGAGAGCAAAAAAGACACGGAUGAGUGA